UUCUCACUAUUCGUGAGCUACUUUUUUAUUGCGCCCAUUCAGACGGGUAUUACAAUUUACAUAAUGUACACAUAUAUGAAUUGGCCCUGUUUUGUGUCCAUGCUAUUGAUAUUGGUGUUUAUUGUAUUUCAAAUGUUCAUGGGCAAAUUAUUUUCAAAAAUUAGAUUAAUGACCGCUCAGUUGACAGACAAUCGGCUCCGGCAUAUGGUUGAGAUCAUAUCCGGUAUGCGAGUCAUCAAAAUGUAUUCCUGGGAACAGCCCUUCGCAGACCUCGUGGCUGAGGCACGAAAACGAGAAGUGUCAUGUAUACAGCGAUCAUGCUUUCUAAAGGCGAUCAAUAUGUCACUGUUCAGUAUGGCUAAUAAAUUGAUCCUGUUUGCCAGCUUUAUUACCUUGGUACUCACCGGGGAAGUACUCACCGCUAAGGCUGUAUUUGUAUCAAUGAUGUUGUUUAAUUACUUGAGAGUCAAUAUGACCUGGUAUUUUCCGCAAUCAAUUGCGAUGGGGGCCGAGUUAUUGGUAUCGUGUAAUAGAAUCCAGAAAUUUCUACAAUUAGACGAAAUCCAAUUGAAAGUCAUUCAAAAUACAAAUGUUUUAACAAAAUGCGAAACAAAUGGCAAACAAUCGCCCGAAGUAUCCAUUAAUAACAUAACCGCCAAAUGGAGUGAUGAAAGUCCGUUUCCAACCCUUCAGAAUAUUUCAGCACAUUUAAGAGCCGGGGAUUUAUUGGCUGUGAUCGGACCGGUGGGCGCCGGAAAGAGCUCAUUAUUGAUGACAGUCUUGAAUGAACUACCGGUGCUGUCGGGGAGUAUAAAAACGGUGGGAUCGAUAAGCUAUGCCUCUCAGGAGUCUUGGAAUUUCAAUACUAGUGUUCAAAAUAAUAUACUUUUUGGAGCCGAAUAUAACGAAUCCCGAUAUAAACGAGUGGUAGAGGUGUGCGCUUUGGAGCGAGACUUUGAGAUAUUUCCUUUCGGAGACAAGACAUUAGUCGGUGAGAGAGGGGUAUCGCUAUCGGGGGGACAGAAGGCUCGCAUCACGUUAGCCAGAGUUCUGUAUAGAAACUCAGACAUCGUAUUAAUGGACGACCCGUUGAGUGCUGUCGACACUAGUGUUGCCGAACAUAUAUUUGAUAAUCGACUACUUGUGCGACAAAAUCCGUAUUCUAGUCACACAUCAAAUCCAAUUCAUACGAAAAGCGACACAAAUAUUGGUUUUGNAGUCACACAUCAAAUCCAAUUCAUACGAAAAGCGACACAAAUAUUGGUUUUGAACGACGAGGGAAAGUGUCUGGGAUUGGGAUCCUAUGAUGAGCUCCAGUCCCGGGGCUUAGACUUCAUGUCUAUUCUCAGCGAUCAGGAGAAGGAAGCGGCCGACAAGAAGGCAGAGGCGGAGGACAGGGAACUGAAGCGUACUUUUUCACAAUCAAGUUUUGACAUUAAAACAAAAUCCCGGAUGACUUCAAUUACCGAGAGUUUACCGAGUGUACACUGUACAGUCUGUACAAAUGUAUUUAAGAUGACCAUUCUUAAUUUGAUUAAGGACGAACAGAAGAAUAAUGACCCUAAUAUUACUGACGAGUGCCGAAAAACGGGUUCAAUAUCUGGAAAAGUAUAUUGCACAUUUAUUAAGUCAGGCGCCGGGCCAUUACUAUUUUCCACCACACUUUUAUUUACAAUUAUCUCUCAAAUUAUUUAUAAUGGGACUGACAAAAAUCAAAACACGGCUAAUAUUAACACUUCUGAGCAAAACAGAGAUGUGAUUAUCUACUCCUCAAUGAUGGCCGCGCUGUUCAUCGCAUCCCUAUUGAGAGCCAUCACAUGGUUUGUGAUGUUUAUGAGGGCUUCAGUUAAUCUCCACAACACUAUAUUCUACCUCAUCGCAUCCCUAUUGAGAGCCAUCACAUGGUUUGUGAUGUUUAUGAGGGCUUCAGUUAAUCUCCACAACACUAUAUUCUAUCGUCUAUUACGGGCCCCGAUAUCUGUGUUUGACAAUAACUCAGUUGGUCGAAUAUUAAAUCGCUUUUCAAAAGAUCUUGGAACAAUUGAUGAGCAACUGCCAAGUACAGCGUUUGAGUGCAACUUAAGUAUAACCCAAUAUAUCGGUGGAAUAAUCAUGAUCGUGAUCGUCAACCCAUACUUAAUUAUACCAGCGUUUUUCUUAUUUGUAGUACUUUUAGCAGUUCGGACUAUUUACAUUAAGUCAGCUAGGGACAUUAAACGGGUCGAAGGGUUAACUCAGAGUCCAGUGUUUUCACACGUGAGCACUACAUUCAAUGGGUUGGCCAGUGUUAGGGCCUUUGGGGCGCAGGAGAUGUUUGAGAAACAAUUUUAUGUCUACCAAGAUGAUCACUCGGCCACCUGGAUGCUCGUUACUACUGCUGGCUAUGCAUUUGGCUUAAUUAUAGACGUACUGUGUUUUCUCUAUACGGUUAUCACAUUUGCGGUGUUUAUGAUAUUCCCCGAACAAUUGGGAGCGGGAGAGGUGGGACUCGCUUUAAUGUCAGCUCAAAUGUUGACCGGAUUGACUGAAUGGGGUGUCAGGCAAUCAGCAAAGAUGGAAAAUGAGAUGACUUCAGUCGAGCGCAUCAUUGAGUACUCAAAACUACCACAAGAGGCGGCCCUCACAGCACAUGAUAGCCAUAAACCCCCUCCCGAUUGGCCACAGAAGGGAGAGAUAGAGCUCAAGGAUAUGAGUUUGUGUUACGAGGGAUCAGACAAACCGGUGCUCAAGAACUUGAAUUGUGUUAUAAAAAGUGGAGAGAAGAUAGGGAUCUGUGGGCGGACGGGCGCCGGCAAGUCGUCCAUCAUAUCAGCGCUGUUUCGUAUGGUUGAGCCAAAGGGGGAGAUAGUUAUGGACGGCAUAAACACGGGCUCAAUAGGUUUGCAUGACUUGCGUCGUGUGCUGUCAAUCAUACCUCAAAACCCGGUGGUCUUCACGGGAACCGUCAGAAGAAAUUUGGAUCCUUUCGGCGAAUACAGCGACCAAAGGAUAUGGAGUGCCUUAGAAGAGGUGCAGCUGAAGGGGGCGGUGGCGGACCUCCCGGGCCAGUUGGACGCCCAGUUGGCCGAAGGGGGCGCUAAUCUAAGUGUUGGUCAGAGGCAGUUGGUAUGUCUGGCGCGGGCUAUACUCCGGCACAAUAGGGUACUAGUGCUGGACGAGGCGACCGCUAAUGUUGACCACAGAACCGAUGCUUUAAUUCAGACCACAAUUCGUCAAAAAUUUAGUCACUGUACUGUCCUUACGAUCGCUCACAGACUCAACACUAUUAUAGAUUGCGAUCGCGUUUUGGUGUUAGACGCGGGAGAGAUCAUAGAGUUUGACGAACCGUUUGUUUUACUGCAACGAAAGGGACAGUUGUAUGAC